ACGGCACCGGGGACUGGCCCGCCAACGCCACCCUGGGCGACCUCUUGUACGCCAACACCACGGACGGCUGGGCCGCCAACUACUCGGACGCGUACGCCUUCUCGCUGUUCCCCGACCAGGGCGGCGUCAACCUGGCCGUCGACGGCGCGUCGUGGGGCAACGAGACGGCGGGGAACAUGACGACGGUGGCACGGACACCCACCGGCUUCCUGAGCCACAGCCAGUACUGGGCCCUGGUGCUAGUGCUGGUGCCCAUCCUCACGCUCUUCGGCAACGUCAUGGUCAUCCUGGCGGUGUGCAGGGAGCGCGCGCUGCAGGGCGCCACCAACUACUUCAUCGUGAGCCUCGCCCUGGCCGACCUCCUCGUCGCCGUGCUCGUCAUGCCGUUCGCCGUCUACGUCCUGUGGGUGAACGGGACGUGGAGUCUUCCAGGAUUCGUCUGUGACUUCUAUAUAGCCAUGGACGUCACGUGUAGCACUUCUUCCAUUUUCAAUUUGGUCGCCAUUAGUAUAGACAGAUAUAUUGCUGUGACGCAGCCAAUCAAAUAUGCCAAGCACAAGAACAACAGACGUGUGUGGUGCACCAUCGUGGUGGUGUGGCUGGUGUCUUGCGCCAUCGGCACGCCCAUCGUGCUGGGCCUCAACAACACGCCCGAUCGGAGUCCGGAUCUCUGCAUUUUCUACAACACAGACUUUGUUAUUUAUUCAUCACUUUCAUCGUUUUACAUUCCCUGUAUGAUCAUGAUCGUCCUGUACUUCAACAUCUACAAGGCGCUGUCGAACCGCGCCAGGAAGGCCAAGGCGGCGCGCAAGCCCAACGCGUCGGACUGCCGGACGGACACCGUCCUGGAGAACCUGGCGCAGACGCGGCGGCUGGCGGAGACGGCACUAGGCACGUCGUCGCUGGCCGCGCCCACGAGCUCGGGGCUGGAGGAGGAGCGGCCGACGAACACGGGAAGCGGCAGCCAGGACGAGGACGACGACGACAUAAAGGACAACGAUCGCUCGUUUGACAUUGAAGACUGCCACGUGAUUCCUAAUGAUAAGUCAACUGAGUUCAUCCUAGCCACUGUCGUCGAGGACGCCUCGAAAGCGCAGCGGAGAGGAAGCGGCUCAGAAAAGAUGAUCGGGGUGGUGGUGGCCACGCUCACCCCCACGCCGAUGGCCGACCCCAACGGGAACAACGACUCCGGCUACGUGGCGUCGCACGUGGAGGAGACGACCAUCGUGUCCGGGUCCGCGCCCGGCAGCCCCAAGAUGCUCAAAGCGCCCGCCCCGCAGGGGAAGCGCAACGGGGCGGCCGCGCUGAAGCGGGUGCUGUCGGGCAGCCUGCGCAAGGGCGGGCCCGACCCGCCGUCCACCAGCAGCACCAAGUGCAGCACCAAGGACAGCAAGGACAACAAGGAGUCGCGCUUCACCAUCUACUCCAAGCACAAGGCGUCGCGGAAGAAGCGGGACAAGUCAGCGGCCAGGAAGGAGCGCAAGGCCACCAAGACGCUCGCCAUCGUGCUGGGCGUGUUCCUGGUGUGCUGGGUGCCCUUCUUCACCUGCAACAUCCUGGACGCGACCUGCACCAAGCUGGAGAUGAACUGCCAGCCCGGCGUGGCCGCCUUCAUCCUCACCACGUGGCUGGGCUACAUGAACAGCUUCGUGAACCCCGUCAUCUACACCAUCUUCAACCCCGAGUUCCGGAAGGCGUUCAAGAAGCUCAUGUCGCUGGACUCGUAGGGAGAGCUUUGGGCGUACGGCACCUCCAGCGCUGUCGAGCCGAGUGUGGCCACUCAGCGCUGAACCCCCACGACCCGUUCGCCGCGGUCGCUGCCGGGAAGGCGACGUAGACUUGUCUUCCCGGCAGCGUCCUCUGCGACCCGCAUGCUGCGCGGUGGGCGCUGCAGGGACGUCAGUGCGCCAAACACAUCGCUGUGGAAAUGGAGCUCAGUUGGAGAAGUUGGCAACCCUGCGCGGCGGAGAGCGCUCUGCCUGGAGCCGCUAGAGCGCGCUAGAGCGGUGCGCACUCCCGACUCCAGGCAGCCUCCAGCGCUCCGCUUCUCCUGAGGCGUCUUCCUCCAGCAGCGGGCCUCGGUCGUAUCCCCUCCCCCUCCCCUCUUCCCUUCCGCGGUCUGCCGAUCGCAUCCCAGAACCCUUUCCCCAAUAACAUAUCUCCCCCUAUCUCCCUCCCCGCCGUACGUCCAAAGCCACCGGGUGGCUUGCUAUGCAGCGACGCUCCUCGCGCUGCUCAGUGGGGGCGGCCGGAGGGACUCGGGGACUGGAGCCGGCCGCCCCAAGAAGGAGAAGAAAACGCUUAUUAUCAAGUAUGUGCCAAUUACUAGGACUUUGGUGAAGAGCCGCGGAUGGCUCUCUGUUCCCGGGUGGAAGGAUCUGUAGUGAAACUCCAGUUUAAACUGUAGUGCCAAAACUACAGUUCCUGAACUGCAGUUUUUGGUAAGAACAAAGUGCAGAAUAAGUCCAGUUUCAGUUUGCUUAUGGAUCUGUAGUUUGCUGUGUAUGCAAACUGCUUUCUAGCUGAACUGUUAUUUGUUGACCAGGUAUAAAAUACUAUCUGCAGUUACAAAGUGAAGUUAAAAGUUUUUAAAGUCUACUCUACUUUAAUAGUCCACUACUGAAGAUUCGCCUACACUUCUAUCUGCAGCAGGAUCUACAAAGGAAAUAAAGUUUCUGCUCAUACUUUUUUACACAAUGACAAACUAGUUGAAUGUUUACUACAAUUUGUAGUAAUUUUUUGCUUAAGGCAUAGUUUAAGAUGUCAAGCACUACAACUUGAUAUGAAGAAACAAAAACAAUUACAUUGAGUGAUUAAAAUAAUAUAAGGAUUGAAAAGGAAAUAUAUCUUAGAAGUUUCAGUUAUUUCUUUUAAACGUUUACGUUGAAAUACUUGACGUUGGAGACUUUUAGAAGACACGACUAAACUUUCAUAUGAAAACCUAUAUGGCUGGAUGUAACCAAUUCUUAAAAUACUAUCUGGUUAUCUGUUUGCUUAUUUUAUAAUGUUCCAUAUUGGUCAGGUAGCAUGUGACAAAGUAUUGCGGAAAUCAACAAGCCACAAAAUUUAGCCAGCUUGUCGCCAAACAAGGUCUAGCUAAGUGGCAUCAAAUUCAUUAUGACUGGAUGAUAAAAUGUCAAACACAAAUAAAACUAGAAAGCAUUAUAAUGCAAUGCGUCUCAGAAGUUGAAAAGGUAACGACUCCAGUCGUUGAAAAUUAAGACCUUGAAGGCUCUCUGAAUUAAAUCACUCCAUUGUGUCUUGGUUUCUGAGGCAGAUUCAUUAUAAAUUACAUUUUGGACAAGUGGAUUUCACUCAAAGUACAGAGUGGCUUACAGUAAAACUGUAGUUUUCUAGCAGUUCAACUCUAGUUCCUGAGGAAAGCCGGCCUUUCCAUGUGGUCGAGAAGCCAAGCCCCUAUCCACAAGGAAGCUCAGUGGUGCAGUGGUCAAGGCCUCUGCCUCACAAGCCAUGGGUCCGAGGUUCAACUCCCGGCAACAUCCAAUCAAAACACACAAUUAAUACAAAGUCAAUCAUCUCAGGGGUCAGAGGGAGGAAAAGUCCCCUCAAAACAGGGUUCAAAAAUUAAAAAUUUUGAAUUUUGAACCAAAUUUUAAAACUGCAGAUUGUUUUCUCUUUUGAACUAACUCUGGCUGUGUAACUAAACUACAGUAAAACUGUACUUUGAACUAUAGUCAACUGAUCUGAAGACUAGGGCAACCUGGGUGAAAAACUAUAGUUGUCCGAAAUAACUGGUACUUUUUUUGCAGUUUAAUUGUAGUUUACUACACUUCAACUGUAGUUGAACUACACUUUACCUGCAAUUAUAAAAUACAUUACAGUAAUUUAAAGUAUGAAAAAAAUUAUUUAAAAAUUAAGUUUAACAUUACAAAAAAUCUAUAUUUUUCCAAUAUAGUUUAAACUGCAGAUCCUUCCACCCGGGUUUCGAAUAAGUUUAGACCAGGUGGGCCGGCAGUGGUGUUCCUCAUAGUGCGAGGUACGCGCCGGGCCCACGUUUCGAUUGGAUCAAAGGAUGGAUUGAGACCAAACCGUCUCUGUGUACAUAGUUAACGUUUAGUCGCCGCCCAAGGAGAAGUGUAUAUACGAGUUCUAGGUUGUGUCACGUUUCUACCAUGUUUAUACUUGAUUUCUCUCAUUUUUCGAGUUGUCUCGAACAGUGUUUGCACAAAAUGUACAUAGAUUCACAUGUAAAUACCUGUAUUUUGUUUUCGUUGAGCUCUUGUAUUCCCGAUUGUACGUAUCAUUGUUCUGUAUAGUGAGUUAAAGUCUGUGUAAAUAUUUAUAAUAUGUUGCUCCUGUGCACAUUUUGAAAAUAUGUAGUCAUAAUGUUAAACCUACGUGCUGUGUAAGUCUAUUUUCAGGGCAAACUUCGUUUUCUACAAGACUGUCCCUUUCUUGCAGUUUUAUCUUGCCUUGGUCCGCCCGCCCCUGAGUUGCUAGGCUCACCUCAAGGGUCGGCCUCCUCUACCCAUUCCUAGGUCAUUAAGCGAAAAGGUGCUGGCUACGUGACGAGCACUUGCGAAGGACGGAUAAAAGAAUUAUUUAAAAAAAACCUUAGAUGAGAAUUACGAGUAUAUUUUCUAUAUAUAUUUGAGUCAAAAGAGCGGUGAGCAGUAUUAACGCGUUACGUUUUGUGAUGUACAUAAGUGUUCCCGCCUUGCCUUUCCCGCCGGCAGGGGCCGCGCCUUCGCAGUGACGCAGUGAGGGUGGUUUUCCGGGAAAAAAAGAGAAAAAAAAACUAACCCGGUGGCGAGAGCACGCGGCGAGCGCGGCCAGCUCCACUGAAAACAUAGAAACAGGGUAACCCACCGUCAGCGCGCGGGGCUGCGCGGCCCCUGCCGAGGCACCGUUAAAAUGCCGCGGCAGUGUCAAAUGCCAAAGCAGUGCCAAGGCAGUGCCAAGGCAGUGCCAAGGCAGUGCCUCCCCCGCCCCGCCCCAGCAAGGUGGCCGCCGCCGCGGACCGACACCUGCCCGGGCCGGGUGACCCGCCUCGCCCCGCCGGUCACCCUCCCGCGCCGGUCCUGAGCCCCAAGUCCGCGGUGGCAGCGCAGCUUGAAACCCCUCCCCUCCCCCUCCCCUCCUCUGUUUUCUCGCCUCCCUCCCCUCGGGCGGCUGUGCCGUCCGGGGAGCAGGGUUAGAAAGCCUUAUUGCAAGUUGUUUAUGGUGAUAUCUGUUAAUAAAAAGUAAUUGUAAGCAGAGAGUACAAAGAGAUAUCAAAAGGUUCUUAAUUAAUAAAAAAUAUC